AUGGCUCAAGAAGACAAGUUAUUUAUCGACAAACUAGAGGGAGUUAAAAAUUGGCAAGUAUGGAAAUAUCAAAUGCAGGUUAUAUUGGAAGCUAGAGAGUUGUGGGGUCACGUUGAUGGAAUGGCAACCAAGCCCGGCUUUAUCAGAAAGCAGUUCAUCAAGUUCAUCAGCUCAAACAGCUUUCGAAAAGGCUCAGAAGAAGACCAAAGCUCUACUUGUUACGAGUAUAAAUUCGGAUCUUGUACAUCUCAAAUUUGGGACAAACUGAAGGAACGUUUUGAAAGAAACACUGUAGCAAACAAAUUGUUUUUGAAGCAGAAAUUCUUUUCUUUGAAAAUAAAAGAUUGUGAUUCCCUCGAUGAUCAUCUACGCCACAUGAAAGAAAUUACUGACCAAUGGCAGCCAUCAAGGCGCCUAUUCCUGAAGAUGAACAUAUCGUAGCCAUGUUACUCAGCCUUCCACGAUCAUAUAACACUCUAACAACUGCAUUGACUGCAAAAGGAGACGAGCUUAGCCUAACUCAAGUGCAUCAAGCACUAACAAGUGAAGAAGAAAAACGUGGCUUACACAAGGGCAAAGAUGGUGGUGGUCGAGUCGACAAGGGUGAAACUGCCUUACGGCAUGAAAAGACAAGUUGA